ACUUUCGAAACAAACAUGGCCGCAUGGCCCGGUGACAGCAUCGCAUUCGAUAACCGUACUCAAAACAAUAAAUUAACAAGUUUUAUAAACGUAGAAUUUAAUUUAAGUAACAAUAAUGGUAGCUACGCGUGUGAAGUGCCAGAGUUAAAAUACGAUAAAGUGAUUCAAAACAAUGUGGCAUCCGAAAGCGCAAUAGUUUCCAAGGACGGGAAUUCGGAGAAAUAUGAUAGAUUGUUACCCCAGAAUGAGACGGAGAAAAAAGUCGAAAUGGACCCGGAUAAGAAGAGGAAAUCAGACGACGCUCGAUACAAGUGCGAAUACGAUGGCUGCGAGCGGACUUACAGCACCGUCGGGAAUUUGCGCACGCACAUGAAAACGCACAAAGGUGAAUACCGAUUCAAAUGUUCCAUGCCGUCGUGCAACAAGGCGUUCCUCACGUCGUACAGUCUGAAGAUACACGUGCGUGCGCACACGCAGGCGAAGCCGUUCGCAUGCAACAUCAGCGCCUGCAGGAAGGCGUUUAACACUCUGUACAGAUUGCGAGCUCACCAACGUCUGCACAGCGGCGACACGUUCAACUGUCAAGCGGAAGGAUGCACGAAGUUUUUCACGACACUCAGCGAUUUGAAGAAACACAUACGGACGCACACUCAAGAAAGGCCCUACAAAUGCGUGCGAGACGGCUGCGGCAAGUCGUUCACGGCGUCGCACCACCUCAAGGCGCACGCGCGCACGCACGCGCGCCCGCCCGCGCCCGCGCCGCGCCCGGCGCAGAUUGCUACGGAGCCAUUUCCAGAAUUUCCCGCUAAACCGCAAACGACUACCGAUGCUAUGAACUGGGAAGGCCUCCUCGAAUCCUUCGGCAAAAUCACCACCGAAUCCAACUCUACCGACGGCAGCCUCGAAGAUAUCAACACGGUCGACCCUCUCACGACCACUAGUGUAGAUAUAACUGACUUACUAUUUGACAACGCCAACCCUAACACUUUAGAUUACGAACUUAACUUACAAUUUGACAAAAAGAAGGAAAACUCCUGGACUAAUCUACAACCUACGCUCAUUGAUGGAAGAAUUGACGGCAAAAGAAAAGCUAUGCAACUUGCUUUAGCGAACGAAAUCGAAGUACAAGCCCCAUGGGUCGAUGUGAGCGCUUUGGCAGCAUCCAUUUCAGAAACUCCAGUUAGCAUUAAAGAAAAAACUCCUGAAAGCAUCUUCACUAUGGCAACUUUUGUACCAACUCAUAUGCAGAGUUAUAUUGACUUGAAUCCUGAAACUGCUAAUGUGAUCACUCAAAGUGCCUUUGAUUUAGCUUCACCUAACAUUUUGGAUGUAGCUGACAAAGUAUUUAAUGAUAGCGAGCUAGUUUCCAAUCUAUCUUCGACCAAAAUUGAAGAAGACAUUGAACAUUUCUUAAAAACUGAUGACAGAUCUUUAAAUACUCCACCACCUUGCAGAGUUCAUCAGAAUAUCGAAAUAAAUCCAGCCAAUUCAGUACUCUUCAAUUCUGAUUUAGAUCUGGAAGACACUUUGCUAUUUGACAAUGAGCCUUUAUCAGACAUGUAUGUUGUAAGAACUGAGAACAUAUUCGGGAAAGAGAUAGCAAAACGAAAUGCAUUGGCACAGUUAGCAGCAGACGCAGGAAUUUGCAAUUGUAUGACAUGCGAGUGUGAUCCUACAUCUGGAGAAUGUAGGGGCGACUGUCAAAGCAAGGAACCAGAGCCAAAACCACCAGAAAAAGGUAAAUGCCCAGUAGACACGUGUGAUUGUGAUGAAGAUUGCCAAUGUGAUCAUGAAGCUAUGAAAUGUGCCGUUGGCUGCGGUAAAGCUACUGACACAAACCAUAAUACCUUCUUAGACUACCAUCGGAGACACAAACUCACAAGUUUGGAAGAACUGGGAGUGUACACUGUUCACGAAGAAGAUAUACCAACAUCAACAUUUGUUGAGCAAUUAUCUUGUUCUUGUGAAGAACCUACUUCUUCCGUUAAUAAGGAAUCUGAAGGCUUUUCAGAAAGUAGCAAUUGGGAAACUGGAUGUCAAGGGAAAAAAUCUACUUGCCAAGAUAACAAAGAAUUUACUUGCCACGGUAAAAAAGAAUCUACAUGCAAAGCAAAGAAAGAUACUACUUGCCAAGGUAAGAAAGAAUCCACUUGCGAAAGCAAGACAGAAUCUGCUUGUCAAGGCAAGAAAGAAUCUACUUGCCAGGGUAAGAAAGAUUCUAAUAUUAAAAGUAAAUGUUCUUGUGUCAAAGAAUCUUCAAAAGGCAAAUGUUGUUCAGAAGAUUCCAAGGAUAAGUGUUGUGUUACAAUAUGUAUUAAGAAGUUAGAAGCAUUCAAGCAGUUUUUGUCAGACCAUGAACUUUUGGGUGCUUUGAAAGCACAUAAUUUGGAUUUGACUUCAAUGUGAUGCAUUUAAUUAUACAUUGUUACCAGUUCGUGCCAUUGACGAUCAGUCCACAGGACGGUAAAGGUUUCCCCAAACCUGUCGACGCAGAAUCGGCUCUAUCGCUGAACGCAUCCGUACGCAUGUUCAUACUAAGGGGCGAUUUCGGCGAAAGCCGUUUUGCGUCGAUAGGUUUGGAGAAACCCUAAGGGACAGUCAGUUAGAAGCAAGCCUCGGAAGAAUGCUCUUGGCUUCACUGAACAAAAUUUAUCCUGUUCCUUAACUUAGACUUCCUAUUUAAAUAUGCCCGAUAACGGCUUUACACUGUAUGAACAAAUUCGAAUCAUGUAUCCAAAUUAACAAUAGGGAUGACGACUACAUAAAAAAAUGGCAUUCUGUUUAGUCCGUCAGUUAGAUCGUCCAAGAAUACUGAACACAUAUUUUUCGCUUUUUCUAAUUAAUGAAAAAAUACAAAGAUAUAGAG